AUGAAACAAAUCCUCAGAUUAUUUAUUGUACUCGCAUUCAUCGUUGUGAUGGUAACUCCAAUGGUCGUAAAGCGUCAAUCGGCAUGCCCAACAAAAGACAAUACAACUGACCAACCCGAUCCAUCCUCCGAUUCAGAUACUUUUCCAACGGCCAAUGAUGACGCUUACAGGAUACAAAAUAAUUUAGAUGCCUUUAUUAGAGCAAGUUCUCGUCAAAAGACUAUCAAGGAAUCAGUAUCUCAGGUGGUUAAUAUGAUCAAAGAUCUUGAUAAAAUUCGUUCUGGUAGUUUUGAAAUUAUUCAUAUAUUUGCUCAAAUAUUUCCGGGAACUUCCCUCAUUGGUAAACAUCCUUCACGUGAUACAUCUACAAAUUAUUAUCCUCAUCUUUUUGCUUGGAAUAAUUUAAUUGACUGUAAAGAAGUAUGUAUUAUCGCAGAUACUGAAAGUGAUAAGGUAGAAAAUGUAGAUAUUACAACAGGCAAGCUUCAUUAG